AUGAGCCGCAUCCACCCUCAUCCACUCCUGUACCCACGCCCGGCACUCACAUACCUAGCAUCCAAUCUUGCAUCGCCCACCACCCAACUCCUGCACCCACGCCCGCACCCACGCCCAGACUCACAUACCCGCAUCCACCCUCAUCCACUCCUGUACCCACGCCGCAAUCACAUACCUGCAUCCACUUCAUUCCGCCCACAACCCACUCCUGCCACCCACGCCCGCCACCACGCCCAGACUCACAAUACCCCGCAUCCACCCUCAUCCACUCCUGUACCCACGCCCGCCACUCACAUACCUGCAAUCCAUCUUCAUCCGCCCACACCCACUCCGCCACCCACCCCAGCACCCACGCCCAGACUCACAUACCCGCAUCCAUCCUCAUCCACUCCUGUACCCACGCCCACACUCACUAUACCUGCAUCCACUCAUCCGCCCACACCACUCCUGCACACGCCCGCACCACGCCCAACUCACAUUCCCGCAUCCACCUCAUCCACUCCUGUACCCACGCCCGCACCACAUCCUGCAGCCCACACCCACUCCUGCACCACGCCCGCACCCACGCCCAGACUCCACAUACCCGCAUCCACCCUCAUUCCACUCCUGCCCAUCACAUACCCCCAUCUCAUCCACACCCACUCCUGCCCCGCCCCGCACCCACAUACAUACCAGGCCACCCACAUACCCGCACCCACGCCCACGCCCAGACCGUGCAUCAGCCACGGACGCCGCACAAAGUGA